UUAUCCUCACAGAUAAAACAAAGCAAACCCUACUUCUUCACCACCCCUUUUUUGUGCUUAAUUUUGAAAAUUUGCCAGAAAAGAUAAUAAUUGAAGCCAGUAAAUCUGAGGAGAAGAUAAUAAUUUCCCAGAAAAUUCAAACAAGAUCGAGUAAUUUUUACCUUAACUGCUCAAGCAAAAAUUCACCCGAUUAAAAAAGCUUGUCUCAAAUUUGGGGAGGAAAGCAUGCUGGAGAGCUCUAUUUUCGUCGAAAACAAUGGCGGCUCAGCUCCAGUCGCCGCCAGGAUUAACGACGAAGACGGCGACGGCGAGCGGAGCUCAGGCGGACCGCGGUGGCCGCGCGAGGAGACAUUGUCGUUGCUCAAAGUAAGGUCUGAAAUGGACACAGCAUUUCGUGACUCCCCGCUUAAAGGUCCUCUUUGGGAUGAAGUUUCCAGGAAAUUAGGUGAGCUUGGAUACAAUCGAAGCGCCAAGAAAUGCAAAGAGAAGUUUGAAAACAUUUAUAAAUAUCACAGAAGGACCAAAGAUGGCCGAUCCAGUCGGCACAACGGCAAAAACUAUAGAUUCUUCGAGCAAUUAGAGUUUCUCGACGCCCAAUUCUCGAUGCCAUCCACUCCAUUGAACCAGAUUGCUUCCUACGCAGUCGAUGCCACGGCUGCAAUGGCCAAGGGCGGCGUCACUUUCAGUCAGGACUUCUCCGUGUUACCUUGUUCAAGCCAAGACCCUGAUGCUGAGUUCCUGUCGGCCUCCACGUCCACUGCAUCAUCGUGUGGGAAAGACUCCGAGGGGAGUGUGAAGAGGAAUAGGAAGCUGGCAGACUACUUGGAGAGGUUGAUGAAGGAUGUCUUGCAGAAGCAAGAGGAUUUGCUCAACAAGUUCGUUGAAGCUAUAGAGAAAUGCGAGAAGGAUCGGAUAGCUAGGGAGGAAGCAUGGAAGGCACAAGAAACGGCCAGGAUAAAGAGGGAGCAGGAGUUUCUGGCUCAAGAAAGAGCAAUUGCAGCAGCUAAGGAUGCGGCUGUGCUUGCCUUCUUGCAGAAGAUCGCUCAGCAGAUGCCUUCACUGCACGUCCCAGAAAUCCUCGGUCCAUUGUUUGAGAAAGCUUCUGGGAAACAAGAGAAUGAGUUGGAGAAGGUUAGCUACUUACUAGAGAAUGGUGGAGGUGAGACUUCCACUCACACUGGCAAGCAUGAUCACAGUGGAGGGGAGAACACCAUUCAGGGGAGCUCCUCAAGGUGGCCGAAGGCGGAAGUAGAAGCUUUGAUAUCGCUCAAAACUGAUCUUGAUUUGAAGUACCAAGACAGUGGGCCGAAAGGGCCUCUGUGGGAGGAGAUCUCGGCUUGCAUGAAGAAGAUGGGGCACGACAGAAAUGCAAAGAGGUGUAAAGAGAAAUGGGAGAAUAUAAACAAGUACUACAAGAGAGUGAAAGAGAGCAACAAGAGGAGGCCGGAGGAUUCGAAAACAUGCCCUUAUUUUAGUAUGCUGGAUUCUCUGUAUGCCAAAAAGUCGAAGAAAUUGCAACAUAAUUUGAACAACUUGAAGCCUGAGCAAAUCUUGAUGCAGAUGAUGGGCCAACAGCCACCGCCCCAGCAGCAUGGAUCAGAUCCGUUGCUUGGGGAAUACGAUGACAUCAGCCACCAGGAUCAAGAAGACGAUGCAGAGAGCGGUGAUGGUUAUCAGAUCGUUGCCAACAAUCUGUCCUCGGUGACCACUCUGGGGUGAUUGGGAAGUUCGGAUGAACAAAUCAUGGAACUUACUGAGAUUUUGCCAUGUAAACAUGGGAAUUCAUCUCUUGUUAAACCGUGUAGUUAUAUGUGAGUUGGUUUGUAAUAUGGUAAUGAGUAAUUUUGUCGCAAUAAAGGAUGAAUUAAUUUCGGUUUUUUUUUCUA